AUGUCAUUUGAAAUAGGUCAAUCAGUUGUUGUCAAGAAUGAUAUAGGUAGUAUAAAGUACAUUGGCACAACAAAAUUUGCUCCAGGUGUGUGGUAUGGGAUUGAAUUGUUACAACCGAAAGGUAAAAAUAAUGGCAGUGUACAAGGUGUGAAAUACUUUGACUGUAAGGAAGAUGAUAACGGUUUUUACGGAAUAUUUGUGAAAGGGAGUAUGCUAAAUGCUUUGGAAGAUAAUAAGAAUAGCAAGUCAGAGGAUGUUGCUCAAUACAAUAAGACUAUUGAAAAAUUAAAACUGAAGUUGAAGGCAGUAACUGAUGAAUCUAUAAGACACCGUGAGAAAUUAAUUGCAAUACAACUGGAGUUACAAACUAAAAUAGAGAUAAUGAAGAGUAUGGAAUCAAAGUUGGAAAUGCAAACUGUGGAAAAUGAGUAUUUAAAGCUGAUCAAAUUGGAUCUAGAAGAAAAACUACGCCAAUUAUCAGUUGAGCAUCAAGAAUUGAAGAAUGAAUUCGAGUUAAUCCAAGAGGAAUUGGAGAUCAAUCGUGAGAUAGAAAGAGAAAUGGAACUGCUAGACUCUGAUCAUUAUUCCCCUGGUGAUGUGAGAAUGAUUUUUGAGAAGAACAGGCGUUUAGAGGAUACUUUGGCGUUAUUAACUCGCAACUCAAAGGAAACCGAAAUUAAAUUAAAACAUGAGUUGGAACAUUUGCAAAGUGAACAGCUCAAUAUGAAUGAGUUACAAAAGAAAUUGGAUCAAGCUGAGUCUGUGGUUAGGAUGUUGCAGGAACGUAUAGAAACCACUGAGGAUAUGGAUAAAAUGAUGGAACGCUUAACUGUUGAAAAUGAGGACUUGACAAACAAAAUCCAUACUUUGAUGAUGACUAUAGAUGAUUUAAACGAAAUACAUGAAUUGGACAAGAAACUCGAAGAAGAUCAAAAGCAGGUGGAACUCGAUCUUCGACAAGAAAUAGACAGUCUUCAGCAAAUUAUUCGACAGGAUAAAUUGAAGAUCAACGAGUUAGAAAGUAACAGGCUUGCUCAAUUGCCGCAUACCGAUAAGUCCUUGGAAUCACCUUCUAGAAGCGAUCAGGAAUCAGAAUUGCAGGUCUUAAGGCAAACUAUCUCUGAUUUGAGAUUAAAAUCUAGGUCUGAUUCGGUUCAAUUAAAAUUGGUAAAAGCGAGAUACGAAAUUCUACAGCAAAGGAUUGUUUACUCUCAAGCCAGCAUGAAGUUUCCAGGAUUGAUUGAUUUAAUUUUUAUGUUAAAGUUGGGGUGUCUGGACAUUGCUGUUGUAAAGGACUCUAUAUCUUUGAAAUCGUUGCAUCAAUUAUUUGCCAAUACUUUUUUAUCCCUAAUAGAGAAUUUUUUGAAACUUUUGAUAACAUUGCUUGAGUUUAAUUAUUCUGCUGAAUCAAUAAAUGAAUUGCUAUCUGAGCUUACUGUCAAAGUUAAAGCUUGUAAUUUGUGUUUAGGUGAUAUUAUCAAUGUUUUUUUGAGUGAUGAUUUGCAUAUGAACAUACCUCAUAAUUUGCACCAACUGUUCCAGAAAUUACAAGACAACAAUUUGGAUAUCACUGUGACUUUAGAUCUAAGCUUUUCUGCUCCGAGAUUUGUUUAUGAAUGUAAGGAAUGCUUAAAGCUUGUUGCUUCUUCCUCACAAUUGGAGACUUCAUUUUUCUUUGACGUGUGGAAGCACUUGCGUUUGCAGACCAACAAUGCAGACCCAACUAUAACUGCACUUAUAAAAGAGGGUGACGAUAAUUUGGCAAGGAUUAAGGGGCAGGUAGAGGCAUUAAAGGACAUCAGCCAUGUGGAAGAAGGGCAUGAUGUUACAUUUUCAUCAGCCAUGCCUGAUUUUAAGGAGAUGGUCAGUCAAAUUGGUAUCCUUGUGAAGUUAUAUGAUCUUGUGAAAUCUGACGGCUUAGAUAUUAAUGUAGAUUCAUUGAACAAAAUGAUUGAGUUAACUCAAGUGGUUGAAUCGUUGUAUAAUUUGGAUACCGAGGUCCAUUCAUUUGAAAUAACUGUACCAUCUAUAUAUGAGUACAAAUCUGAGUCUAUAUUGCAACAGCCAAGUAUAGAUGAUGGAGGUCUACAGAAUAAGUUAGCUCAACGAGAACGUGAAGUUACCGAUUUGAAACUAAACAUAGCCCUAUUGGAACAAAACAUGCUGUCUUUGGCUUCGCAGAAUACACAAUACAUUACUGAGCUAACUCAAAAAUUGCAGUCUUUAAAAAAAGAGGAAGAGGAUAGUUCAAGAGUCAUAUCUCAGUUGGAGCAGGACAAGAAGGAUUUAGUUAGUGAGUUAAAUGCUGUGAACCGAAACACUGUGAGUACAACACUGUUUGCCAACUUGAAAUCUCAACAAGACUACAAUAAUUCAUUGACUAUUAUGGAAAAAAUUGUUCAUUUGAAACGACUUACUAAAACGAUUGAUAAAGAGCAAGUAGAUGAUUUUGCUUGGUUACAACCCCAAUCUAAGCGACAAUUUUGGACGGAAGCCAGCUCUGUUCACAACUUGUCCAAGAGCUUGCAAUCAUUGGCUUUGAAUGCUAAACCUGUAUCAAUUAACGAUGGUAAUAGUUAUAAAUGGACUAAAAAGAAAGAUCUGCUGAAAUUUGCUGCUCUUGUUCUUGAAGAAAAUUACAAUAAAUACAAAACUAUGAGAACUAAUUUACUUUGUUCGGAAAAAUAA